GCCAACUCCUCCCUCGCCAGUAUAUCUCCUCCCUUUUUCUUCAUCUCUUCGUCUGUCUAAUGUCCCUUUUUAUGUCCGCUGUCUGUCUCGCUGUCAUCCAUUGCUACGCAGCGGGAGAACCGUCAGCCAUAUUGCAGCUGCUCCACGUUUAUUAUUGUGUUGCUUAUUUUCCUUGGCGUCAUUGAAGGCGUGUCCGCUCCCGUUGAAGACACCGAGGCUUGGUGGGAAAAUGACACCUUCACCUACGUUGACUUGUUGGAUUUGAUGAGCAGGGAGCAGGCGGCGUGCAAGGGCACCCAGAGGAGAAGAUGCUGACCAGGGAGGAGUAAAACAGGAAGUGGAACUGCCAGUAGUCAUCGGACACUGUUUUUUUUUGUUUUUUUUCUGCUGCUGCUGGAUAAGUUUGACAGGCAAGAUUCGAAGAAGAUACCCACUGAAGCUUAGUGUUAUCAUUGGAAGAAGCAUGGGUUUGUAGCUGGGCACGUGGCGCUGCAGUGAGCAUGCUGACGUGAUCGUGGGAGCGAGGCAGGGUCGCCAGAGGCCUGGCAUCACUCGUGACCACCAUGUUUUUUGUUGUGGACAGACUCCAACAUUGAACCCUGCUAUCUUUGCCCGGUCAAACUUCAGCUGACGCUUUUCCCAGCGAAAGCCAACAAAGCUUCAGGACCGCCUCUCUGCUGGGGAGCCACGGAAAUUGCUCUCUUUUUCCCAGCAUUAGUCACCCCCGACUAGAACUCUCCGUCCACUCCGGUUGCCGCGUUCCUUGGGCGAUGGCGGUCAGCAUGAGUAUGGGGCGGGACACCAAGUGGUUGACGCUAGAAGUGUGUCGGGAGUUCCAGCGAGGCACCUGCUCGCGCUCGGACGCCGACUGCAAGUUCGCCCACCCCUCCCGCAGCUGCCACGUGGAUAACGGCAGAGUCAUCGCCUGCUUCGACUCCCUCAAGGGCCGCUGCACACGAGAGAACUGCAAGUACCUGCAUCCACCUCCACACCUGAAAACCCAGCUGGAGAUUAACGGCAGGAACAACCUGAUCCAGCAGAAGGCAGCGGCGGCCAUGUUGGCUCAACAGAUGCAGUUCAUGCUGCCAGGAGCCCAGCUGCAGCCCAUUACUACAUUCCCACUCACACCCUCCCUGGCAACCAGUCCCAGUAUGGCCUUCAGUCCGUACCUGAGCCACAUGGGCCCCGGCAUGGGCUUGAUGCCCGAGAUGUUGCCCUGCACUCCCCUGCUGGUCUCUGGAAGUCCCACCGGCCUGGCGUCUAUGGGGAACGGCACGGUUGGACCCAAGCACGCACGCACAGACAAGCUGGAGGUUUGUCGAGAGUUCCAGCGCGGGAACUGCACGCGGGGGGAGAGCGACUGUCGCUACGCUCACCCCAUGGAGGCGGGCAUGGUGGACUGCAACGAGAACUCGGUCAUCGUCUGCAUGGACUACAUCAAGGGGCGGUGCAGCAGGGACAAGUGCAAGUACUUCCACCCUCCCACUCACCUGCAGGCCAGGAUCAAGGCGGGCCAGCACCAAGCUGGACCAAACAGCGCUUCUGCAGCCUUGUCGUGUGGUCAGGGACUGCCACCAGGAAGCGUGCAGUCGCUACCCAAGAGGACCAUGAUGGACAAGAGCAACGGUGCCCCCGCCGGUGCCACGGUCUUCAACCCCAACAUGUUCCACUACCAGCAGGCCCUGACGAGCAUGCAACUCCAGCAGCCCGCCUUCAUCCCCACUGUAGAACCUUCUGAGCUUCUGACGCCAGAGCCAGUGGAGCUGCAGUGCCUGCCCAUGGAAGCACACCUCUGCCCGGUCCCCAAACUGCUGAUGGCGGCUCCGGUGGCGCUCAAUUCAGUAAGCCUUUCCCGACACGCCAGUUAAGGUCCCCAAAGUCAGGUGCGGUGCGGCGACGCGAGCGCUCCAUGCUUCUAAGGGCGCUCGCCCGGGAGGCUCUAGAGCCGCCAUGUUCCUACAGCCAUACAUACCAACACCUUAAAGUGCAGACACCACAUGCACGCAAACUUACAUCAACUAGACAAAUGAAGACACACAAAGAAAAGACCCUUUAUGGGUUGGACUCAUCUCAUAAGGCAGCCCAACCUUUGACUGUUCCAAAGUCAGAAGCUAGUUCUGGAAGAAGAAGAAGGAGAAUAGUUGAAUGGCUUCACCACCAUGACAUGUUUACAGGUGGAUCCUCCUUGAACUUUUUGCUUUGUCCUACGUGGGGCAACUUGGUUGUGCCUUGGUUUCAGCUGCGGAGGAGACUUGAAAGCAACAUAAAAAGUCCAAAAGGAACAUUUGAUGAAGGCAAACGACGUAGGAAUACGUCAACGUUUGUAUUGUCAGUCUUCAAAAUCCAAACUAUCGUAUUUUUCGGAGUAUAAGUCGCACCGGAGUAUAAGUCGCACCGGCCGAAAAUGCAUGAUAAAGAAGGGAAAAAAACAUAUAUAAGUCGCAUUUUUUGGGGACAUUUAUUUGAUAAAAGCCAACACCAAGAAUAGGCAUUUGAAAGGCAAUUUAAAAUAAAUAAAGAAUAGUGAACAACAGGCUGAAUAAGUGUACGUUAUAUGAGGCAUAAAUAACCAACUGAGAACGUGCCUGGUAUGUUAACGUAACAUAUUAUGGUAAGAGCCAUUCAAAUAACUAUAACAUAUAGAACAUGCUAUACGUUUACCAAACAAUCUGUCACUCCUAAUCGCUAAAUCCCAUGAAAUCUUAUACGUCUAGUCCAGGGGUCGGCAACCUGCGGCUCUUUGACCACUCUGAUUCGGCUCAGCUGCAUACUUGCCGACCCUCACGAUUUUUCCGGGAGACUUUCGGAUUUCACAAACAUUUCAAACAUUCUCCGAUUUUCACCCGGACAACAAUAUUGAGGGUGUGCCGUGAUGGCACUGCAUUUAGCGUCCUCUACAACCUGUCGUCGCGUCCACUUUUUCACCUAACAAAUAGCGUGCCGGCCCAGUCACAUGUUGUAUGCAGCGUCUGCUCAC